CAACCCGCAUAAUAUUGUGUUUGUUUUCUGAGUUUGGUGUUUCAUUCAUUUCUUUACUGUGUUACUAAUUAAUAUUUUAUUAACGUACAGUGUGGGUCAGAUUUCCAAAUUUAGAUUACGGAAGAUACUCUAAUUGCAUAAAUAACAUUUGAAAUCGAAUCUAAGUGGUUUCUUGUUCCUUGCAGCAAAUUUUGUUAUUGCUUUAGCAUUUUUCUGUUUUCUUAGGAAAGUGUAAUUUGGUGAUUUAUUAUGGCCAAUGAGACUGUGAAGAAUUUUUCAAGUCUGGAGACUCCGGGGUAUGUAGGUUUUGCCAAUCUGCCCAACCAAGUUCACAGAAAGUCUGUAAAAAAGGGAUUUGAGUUCACCCUCAUGGUUGUAGGAGAGAGUGGAUUAGGAAAGUCCACUCUUGUAAAUGCCCUUUUUUUGGCCGACCUUUACCCAGAAAGAGUUGUGCCUGAUGCUGUAGAAAAAUUAAAACAAACAGUAAAACUGGAACCUACAACAGUCGAAAUUGAAGAGAGAGGCAUAAAAUUAAGACUGACUGUUGUCGAUACUCCAGGUUAUGGAGACGCCAUCGACAAUACCGAUUCGUUUUCGGAAAUCAUUAGAUAUAUCGACGAGCAGUUCGAAAGGUUUUUGAAAGACGAAAGUGGAUUAAAUAGGAAAAAUAUAGUAGAUAAUAGGAUACAUUGUUGUUUCUAUUUCAUUUCACCAUUCGGACAUGGUUUAAAACCUUUAGAUAUCGAAUUCAUGAAACAGUUACAUAACAAAGUAAACAUAGUUCCUGUGAUUGCCAAAGCUGACGUAUUAACAAAGAAGGAGAUGCAGAAAUUGAAAAGGAAGGUGCUAGAUGAAAUCGCACAUAAUGGCAUUAAAAUAUUCUCUUUGCCCGAGUGCGAUUCUGAUGAGGAUGAAGAGUAUAAAGAACAGGUCCGUCAAUUAAGGCAAGCUGUACCGUUUGCUGUUUGUGGUGCCAAUACAUUAUUAGAAGUUAGAGGGCGUAAGGUGCGUGGUCGGUUAUAUCCGUGGGGAGCGGUUGAAGUAGAGAACCCGGAACACUGUGAUUUCAUUAAACUGAGAACAAUGCUAAUAACGCACAUGCAAGAUCUUCAAGACAUAACGCAAAGAGAGCAUUACGAAAAUUACAGAAGCGAAAGAUUAGCAAAAGGCGGUACUGCGGUUCCAGUGGCCCCGAAAAGAAAUACUAUUAUUGACCCUGAGAAAGUCACAGAGAAAGACAAAAUAUUACAAGAAAAGGAAGCCGAAUUAAAGAGGAUGCAAGAGAUGAUCGCACAGUUACAAGCACAGAUGCAGACACAACAACAAUAAAUAUUAUAACUAACGUUUAACAAUUGGUAUCUGCAUUAUUUAAUAUCAUAUUGUUUCAUUUUAGCAAAAGUUAAUAUUUUAUGAAAGUAGCUGAAGGGUACAAAAGAAAAUGUGGCUAUUGAACAUCUUGAGAGUUAUUACUGAAUAGGGUCAAGUGGGGGUAAAUGCGAGCACCAUAUAUAUAAUUUUACUUUCUUACAUCUUUAUAGCAACCGUUAUGACUAGUGUAUAUUAGGAAUUUUGUAAGCAAAUUUUUUUAAAACGUUGUUUAAAUAUCAGGCUAAACAUUUUCUUAAUAAAAGUUAUGUAAGUUGUUCA